UACAGGGGGAUGACCAGAGACUGCGGAACAGUACAGGAGAUGACCAGAGACUGACAAGUACAGGGGAUGACCAGAGACUGUAGACAUAGUACAGAUGACCAGAGACUGCAGACAGUACAGGGGAUGACCAGAGACUGCAGACAGUACAGGGGAUGACCAAGAGACUGCGGACCUUUGGGGAGGAAGGGGGAGAGGUGUGGGCACCCGGCUGUGCUGUGCCUGGCUGUGCCGGGUGCCCACUGUGCAUGCGCGAGAAGGGA